CGGAUUCUCAUGAAUCGAUGCUUUUACUCUGAAAAGGUUCACCCGGAUAUAGCUAGCUGCCCAACCGCUUUGUAGACAGUAAAGUCGAUUUAGCUUGUUUGAUGUCGAAAAUGAGCUCGUCUCGUUCUGCUCUGUCGGUUCUAAGUCGCUGUCAUGAAUAAGCAUCACGAUGCAGCGAUACAAUAAUCAUAUUUCUCCUUUGUGCUGAAUCCAGACCAACAGCGAGCAUAUUGUCCAUCUUUGAAACGGGCCGACAAGGUGUGAAGGAUUGCUGUCAUGACUGGAGCUGAGGCUGAGGACGAUAUUCCUUUAGGCGAAAGGAAGACUGUCACAGACUUUUGCUAUCUCCUGGACAAAUCAAAACAACUUUUUAAUGGACUAAGAGACCUUCCCCAAUAUGGACACAAGCAGUGGCAGUCCUACUUUGGGCGGACAUUUGAUGUUUACACCAAGCUGUGGAAAUUUCAGCAACAGCACAGGCAGAUUCUGGACAACCGCUAUGGCUUGAAGAGAUGGCAGAUUGGGGAAGUUGCAUCCAAAAUUGGGCAGCUAUACUACCACUACUACCUACGUACAUCCGAAACAAGUUACCUGAAUGAGGCAUUUUCUUUCUACUCGGCCAUCCGCCAGCGGUCCUACUACUAUCAGGUCAACAAAGAGGACAGGCCAGAAUUGGUUGUGAAGAAACUUCGAUAUUACGCCCGAUAUAUAGUUGUCUGUUUGCUGCUCAACAAGAUGGACCUAGUCAAAGUUUUGGUCAAGGAGUUAUCGGAAGAAAUCGAAGAUUACACGCAACGAUUCAACACUGAGGAUCAGUUGGAAUGGAACUUGGUUUUACAAGAGGUGGCAUCAUUUGUAGAGGCAGACCCUGUGGUACUACUGAACGACAACAAUUGUGUCACGGUCAUCAGCUAUCGCCUACAGGAGGGAAGUGUGCCUCCCUUGGAACAAGGCAUGGUGGUUGGGCAGCUUGUCCUUGCAGAUGCACUAAUCAUUGGCAACUCUAACAGCCAGGUUAAGUUUAGUGAACUGACUAUUGACAUGUUCCGUAUGCUUCAAGCUUUGGAGAGAGAACCAGGGAACCUUGCUGUCCAGACAUGUAAACAAGGAAUUUUGGAACCCAAUGAGAAGCCUGCAAAAAGGGAAAACCCUCACAAGUAUCUUCUAUACAAGCCAACAUUCAGCCAGCUCUUUACUUUCUUGUCAGCCUCCUUUAAAGAGUUGCCUGCAAGCAGUGUUCUUCUUGUCUACCUAUCGGCAACUGGAGUCUUCCCAGCUUUAAAUUCAGAAUAUGAAGUCGGACCGUAUGAUUUUGGAGGCGUUCUCACAAAUUCAAAUCGAGAUAUUGUGAAUGGAGAGGUGAUUCAGAAGAGAAACCAGUCUCAGAAAGACAUGCACUGCCUCCAUCCUGGUGAUUUGCUCCCCUUUACUCGAAAGCCACUAUUUAUUAUAGUGGAUUCUACAAACAGCAUAGCCUAUAAGAAUUUCACAAAUAUGUUUGGUCAGCCUUUAGUGUGCCUACUAUCUCCUAAAGUAUAUCCCAAGAGUAUACAAGAUCAAUCCCAGCGUGGGAGCCUCUUCACCCUUUUCCUCUACAGCCCACUCUUGGCAUUCUUCUCUGUGUGCGGCUUAAACAGCGUGAGACGAGGACUUUGGGAGAGCGCGCAAGAAUUCCUUCACAAAGUCGACCAUGACAUAGCGCAAAUGAUAACACGAUCACAAACCAUCGAUCAAGCCUUUUUGCAGUUCUUUGGCGAUGAAUUUCUUCGACUGCUGCUGAUCCGUUUUGUGUUUUGUUCAGCUACAUUGAGACUGCACAAAGUCUUUCGGGAUUCUCAGAGCUUCCCUGAGUCAUACCCCGAGCUCCCGAAACAGGACACAGUGGAGAGCAGUGUUCUUCAGAAGCAUAUUUUGAAGAUGGCAGCCAUACUGGAUGUACAGAACCUCUUUUGGGAUCAUUCAGUGGAAGCCUACUAAAAGUCUUUACCCAGGACCAAAAAAAAAGAAACACAUCUUCAUACAUACUCAGAUGCCGCAGCCUUUUGUAGCAUUGUAUUUGUUUAUUUAUAAGCUGACAAGUAAGUAAUACCUGUCAUGUUUUUUUUGCCAUAUUUCCUCCUAAAAGUAAUGAAGGCACACGACCAGUUCAACAAAAACUGGUCAACAUUACUUACAAACUAUUCCAGAGUUAAUGUUGAAUUACUUAUAUGACUUCAUUGCAUGUUUUUUUUUUACAAAAGCAUCCAUAGCAUAACUGCCUACUUUUUACUAGAUAAGUAGUUUUGGUGUUUUGUUUAAGCUUAAAAAAAAAAGUAUUGUAUAUAGUUAAAAUUGCACAAAUAAUGCAUAUAUAAAAUACUCUCACCAUGCCCUUGAUCACCAAUUAAUAAAGGAGCCAUAUGUAGUAAUGUGGCAGUGCAAUCACUGUCAAAAUUCUAUAGUCCCCUCACUCUCCAUGACUGAGGUUGCCAGAUACGAAUCCGAAUCCUACUUCAAGGAGCUUCAAAUGGCAAACGACUAGUCCUACGCUGUAGGUUUCUCUUGUUUAUGCUUCUUGCAUGAUGGUUUACUCUGUAAUUAUGCCACAUUUAUCUGAUGUCGAUUAGCCAAAUGUAUUUGUAAAGGAACGCAGCAAUAUUUUAGUCGGGAGUCGGGAUUGAUAGUUGGUAUUAUCCUGCUAAGAUGUCUAGUUUGACUGCACGGACCACCAUCAAAAUAAUUAUAUAUAAUAAUAUAUCAUAUAUCGCAUAGGACUACUUUGAUGGCAAGUCAAGGCCAACUGAAAAAUUACAUACGAAAUGUCCUUUUCCAUUUAUUACAAGUAAUACGAAAACGUAAAUGCCUUCGAUAUCAAGGAGGAAAUUAGCCAGUUUGGCAUUAGAUGAAAAAAUCUUCUCCGCCUUCAAUCAUCUCCAUCUUUCAAAGGCAUCCGCGAUAGAAAUCCUUGUUUUGUUCCUGGCUUUGUCAUGAAUAAGUUGAGAAUCGUAACGAGGCCUUUUAGAUUUACUAAGGUCUGACAUGUUUAGUAACUUUACCAGUGGCAGUAACUUGAAGAAGAGGAUGGUGCAUAACUGGCAACCUGGACACGACACACUCACAAGUUUCUAAUUGGUCAAACAGUGGAGGGCGGGCCAUCGAAAUGAAAAUAUGAUUUCGGGGCUGUAAUUGUAAUUUUUAAAUGAGCAUAACUGAACUGUUAUUAGUUAUACCGUUAUCAGUUAUAGAGGUAUUCAAAAACAACAUGAUUUUUUUAUGCCUUUUGACAUAUCAGGGCCAUUUAAUGAUGACUUGACAUGACAUUUCUACAUAUGGCCCCUUUAACUAGAAACCCAUAAGACUCAUAAAUGUCAAUCAAAAUAAAAAGAGGGAAAAUAUCUGAGUUCUGGCGGAUUUGGAUAUUAAUACAAAUAAUGCAUUAACACGUAAAUUGGUCAAAAUGCACUAAACUAUGGCAACUGGUUAGAAUAUAGAGUAGUUAAUCAAUGUAGAUUAUGACACAUUUUAAAUGUUUAUACUAUUUAUUACUGUGUACACGAUGUAUAUAAAUGUCUAUCUGAUGUGAUCGUUAGAAAUAGGCUCCUAUUUUCAAGUGACGUUGCAUUUCCACUUCAACUUUGUAUCACUUUUUUGUUUUGUUUUCAGAAAUAUCCUCUUUGCCAACAAUCGGUCAUCUGCUUUGGGAGGCGGAUCUGAAAUCUUUGUAUUUGUAUGUAUAAUGUAUUGGAUGAUGUCGACGAUAUUUUUCUACCACGUGCAAACUAAUGUAUUGACUUGAAUAUGAGAUAACCCUUUCCUUUACAAGACUUGGAAAAGUAAUUAGUUUUAGUGCUGUCGAAUAGUAAUGUAAAAAAAAAAUGGUCUUAAUUACCCCGUGAGCCUGAAAUGCAUGGAAAGAUGCUUAAGUACACUAUUGUGAUUAUUCACAAUUAAUUACAUUUAAUAAUUUAUUUUAUUCGUACUUAUAUUAUUUUGACACAAAUGUAGUUUGUCAAAAAUGUCAUACAGGAACAUUUUAAAUAUACAUGGUGUGAUUAUUCUGCAUUUAUGCAUAAAUGCGAUCAUAUUUUGUGAUUAAUCGCAAACUUUGACAGUCUUGCUUUAUAUUAAAGUCGUUCCGUUAAAAUCACUUAUCAUAUUUUAUGAAUCACAUUGCUUCGCUGCUCAACAGUUACUAUGUCAUUGAUCAACGUUAUUGGGAAAAAAAUGGCGUCAAAAGUCCAACACGCCAUGUUUGGUUCGGUUAUAAUUAACAUUCUGGUGCCGCUCUUGUCAAGUUUGAACGCAGUCUAACUAAAUCGCGAUGCACACCUAACAAACUUGCCAGCAAAAUAAAACAUGCAGAAAUUAGGGAUGGGUACUUUUCAGGUUUGAACCGAUACGGUUCUAAUUCCCGGUACCUUGGAAAUUAGUACUGGUGUAAAUCCGCCGUAUAUUGUGUUAGAAAUAAGGGUUUUUGGUAACAUUUUAAUAGGGGGAACACAUUCACCAUUAAUUAGUUGCUUAUUAAAGUAACAAAAACUUAAUUUAGAAUAAUUUCAAUCAAUCAAUAUUUAUUUAUAUAGCUCUAAAUCACAAGUGUCUCAAAGGGCUGCACAACCCACAACAACAUCCGCGGUACAGAGCCCACAAAAGGGCAAGGAAAAACUCUCCCCAGUGGGACGUCGAUGUUAAUGACUAUGAGAAACCCUGGAGAGGACCGCGUAAGUGGGCAGCCCCCCCCCGAAAGCAAUGGACGUCGAGUGGGUCCAACAUAAUAUUGUAAAAGUCCAGUCCAUAGUGGAUCUAACAUAAUAGUGCAAGUCCAGUCCAUAGUGGAUCUAACAUAAUAAUGUGAGUCCUGUCCAUAGUGGCUCUAACUUAAUAAUGUGAGUCCAGUCCAUAGUGGAUCUAACAUAAUAGUGAGAGUCCAGUCCAUAGUGGGGCCAGCAGGAAACCAUCCCAAGCGAAGAGAUGUCCCCAACCCAUACACAGGCGAGCGGUCCAUCCCGGGUCCCGAUUCUGGACAGCUAGCACUUUAUCCAUGGCCACCGGACCUGUGUGCCCCCCCCCCCCCCCCCCAUGCAGAAUAAGGCAUUAAUAAGUACUUAAUAAUGACUAAUUAAGAGCCAAUAUUUUACUGUGGAAGCUUUAGGUCCUCUUGACCACCAAGCAUCUCCAGGCGAGCCCGUUUCAUGGUUUAAAUACAGUUUUAUUUUUCAAUAAUGUUCUCUGAUUGCUUUUCAUCAUUAGUCUGUUAGUCUCUGGCUCUUGCUCCAGCUCCAACAACCUCUCCCCUCCUGGUUUCCUGUCUAUACAGAGUGACAGAUGAUUAGAUAACAAGGCAUAGGUGGGCCAUCUACGCACUUGUCGCUGACUUCGAGGCCGAUCCUGGCACACCCUGAUUCGCUGCAGGCCCGCAGGCCACGCCCCUUCCACAGUUACUAAUUUGCAUGUUACUAAGCAGCUAAUUAAUGGUGAAUAUGUGUUCCCCAUACUAAAGUGUUACCGUGUUUUUUAAUUUAACAAUUAGCUGAUAAUGACAACUGUGCUGUCCAGUUGUUACAUCUUGUUUUCUUGGACUCUUAAGUCUCAUUUGCAAGUAACUAUGUAGUAGACUUUGCAUGCAGUUACAACUCCAAGAUGUUAGAUGGCAGCAGUGUAUCGGUUAGUUAGGAUGUAUUCUUUGCCAUUAAGUGUCUAUGAAUGUUCUCAUUCAUCCAGGUCAGUGGUUCUUAACAAGGGUUCGAUCGAACCCUAGGGGUUCGGCGUAGAUCAAAACACACCCGACUCUUCAUGUAAAUACAAACUUCUCCCUGUUGGCGUAUUACGGAUACGGCAACAGCUAAAUGAUUAUCAGGUGUGUAAUUUGUUGUGAGUUUAUGCACUGUCUUAGUUUUGUUGUUUGAACAAGGUGAUGUUCAUGCACGGUUCAUUUUGUGCACCAGUAAAAAACAUGGUAACACUUAAUUAUGGGGAACAUAUUCACCAUUAAUUAGUUGCUUAUUAACAUGCAAAUUAGUAACAUAUUGGCUCUCAACUAGUCAUUAUUAAGUAGUAAUAAUGCCUUAUUCGGCAUGGCCUUAUCAUAACCCUAACCCUGACCCUAACCCUAACCAAAUAACUCUAAAUUUAGUCUUUAUUACUUAGAAUAUGUUCCCCUAGUGUCCAAAUAACUCUAAAUUAAGUCGUUGUUACUUAGAAUAUGUUCCCCAUACUAAAGUGUCUUAAAUUUGGUAAAAACAAAAAAACAUUUUAUUUUUCACUAAAGAAAGGUUCAGUGAAUGCACAUAUAAAACUGGUGGGGUUCGGUGCCUCCAACAAGGUUAAGAACCACUGAUACAGGUCAUUGUCAUCUCAGGGCAUUCAAUCGAUCACAACUGGACGGUUUUGGCUCGUCUUAGAAGUUCAUCAGUUCAUGCUCGUAGACUUAGAUUGGUCAGAUCGAGUCUAGCGGCUGGUGCCAGAAAUGUGCCAGUUGUGUCUUUUGUUGAGUCCUACAAAGUGUGUAUACUAUAAGUAUUGCACACCAACUGUUUGAUUGUGACAUGCAUCUUCAUGGACGUUUUGAUUAUCAAUGCUAAUCGGUAGCAUGUCGUAUAGCAUUUUCAAUGUUAAGUAGCAUUGAGCUAGAACAGGGGUAGGGAACCUCUGACUCUAGAGCCAGAUGUGGCUCUUUUGAUGACUGCAUCUGGCUCUCAGAUAAAUAUUAGCUGACAUUGCUUAACACGAUAAGGAAUGAAUAUUUCCGCUGGUAAUCACAGUGUUAAAAAUAACGCUCAAAUUAUAAAACCUUCUCAUGCAUUUUAAUCCAACCAUCCAUUUUCUAUCGCACCUGUUCAAGAAGUGCAUCAAUGGUAAGAAGUAUUAUAUUUAUUAUUGGUUAGCUUUAGAAUAACAAUGUUAUUAAAAAGAAUAAGAGACUUAUUAUAUUCUAAAAAUGUUGGUCUUACUUAAAAAUGCACGCAUUUAGUUGUAUUCAUCCAUCCAUCCAUUUUCUACUGCUUAUUUCCUUUGGGGUCGCGGGGGGUGCUGGUGCCUAUCUCAGCUAAAAUCGAGCGGAAGGCGGCAUACACCCUGGACAAGUCGCCACCUAUAUGGCUCUCACGGAAAUACAUUUUGAAAUAUCUGGCUUUAAGGGCUCUCUCAGCCAAAAAGGUUCCCGACCCCUGAGCUAGAACAUUUUCAAAAGUCAGUUCAUUUUCGAACAUACAUACGACACAAUGUAACUUAUCACAUAUUUCUAGUUGUUUCCUUACGGCACGUCCGAAAAGGAGUUGGAAGAAGCAGAGUUUAUUUAAUCCUACACCUUUUAUACCAUAGCAAUUUUUACCCAAUUUCCUUGUUCUCUCUAACAGAACAGUGAACAAUUAAAUAAUAUACCAUAUUAAGUAAACACAUUUUAAAUACAUAAAUAAUCUUUAUCUCAAAAAAAGUUGUACUUUGAACAGUCUCUUAAACUGAAUCAUAUUGGUGCCAUGUUGUUUUUCUUUGGUUAAUCCAUUCCAUAAUUUAGUUCCACAUACAAAUAUGCCAAAGGUUUUAAGUGUUGUACGUGCAUACAAAUGUUUUAAAUUAGAUUUUCCUCUAAGGUUAUACGUAUUUUCUCCUCUUUUGUUAAGAAAAGUUGUUGUACAUUCUUGGGUAGCAGGUUAUAGUUUGCUAUGUACAUAAUUUUAGUUAUGUCAAGUCUUACUUUUGAGUGCUUUCUCUCAGGCAACAUUGCCUAGAGUUUGUCAGCUCUUGUUGCUUAUUUCCCCGCCAAAACGCUUGAGUCUGCAAGCGGACGUGACGUUAUGUGCAACAAAUAUGGAUUUUUUUUAUUUUAUGUCAAUCGAUACCAGGUAGUACCGAUGGAAUAGAGUCAGUACCUGUAAAGUACCCAAUUCAGUAGUACCCAUCCCUAGCAGAUAUCAGCAUUGCCUGUUACUGCUCUGUCUCGUCUUUUAACAUCGCUCGCAUCAAAGUCUCACAAUGCACGGAUGUUAUUUUUGAGGCAGGAGUUGAAGAUGAAGUGUAUCAACGAGUUGUUUUGUCAAAAGUUGGUCAACUUGAUUUGUCGCUGUGAAGGUAGCACUGUGUUGUCGUUCGCAUUGUACAUCUUUAACCUGAAUAUGGAAGGCCGAUUGGGGAAUGAAUAUCUUCAACGAUCGCCACAACGUAAUCCUUUCAAAUCACAUAAAUACUGCACUGUAUGUGAGACUUAAUUGACACUUACCGUAUUUUUUGGAGUAUAAGACGCACCUGCCGAAAAUGCAUAAUAAUGAAGGAAAAAACAUAUAUAAGUCGCACUGGAGUAUAAGUCGGAUUUUUGUGGGAAAUGUAUUUGAUAAAAACCCAACACCAAGAAUAGACAUUUGAAAGGCAAUUUAAAAUAAAUAAAGACUGUUGAACAACAGGCUGAAUAAGUGUACGUUAUAUGACGCAUAAAUAUCGUAUUUCCUUGAAUUGCCGCAGGGCAUAUAGUAUGCACCUGACUUGAAUUACUGCCGGGUCAAACUCGAUUCGCAAAAUAAUUAGCCCAUGCUUAGUGUUACCGCCGGGUCAAACUCGUGACGUCACGAGUGACACUUCCCCUGUCAUCAUUUUCAAAAUGGAGGAGGCUGAUUUCAAUACUGGUAAUUUGAAAUCAGAUAAAGGGAAGAAGAUUAAGAGCUAUUCAGUAGGAUUUAAGGUCCAAGCUUACAUCACACUCAAAUGUUUACUGCAUGCCUUUGGUAAGUGCCGUAGUGAGAAGAGGUUUUAAAAUAAUUAGCGCAUGUUUACUUUUACCGCAUGCCUUUGGAAAGCGCAGGAGUGAGAAGAGGUUUUAAAUUAAUUAGCGCCCCAGCGGCAAUUCAAGGAAAUAUGGUUUACAAUUGAGAAGGUGCCUGGUAUGUUAACGUAAAAUAUUAUGGUAAGAGUCAUUCAAAUAACUAUAACAUAUAGAACAUGCUAUUCGUUUACCAAACAAUCCGUCACUCCUAAUCGAUAAAUCCCAUGAAAUCUUGUACGUCUAGUCUCUUACGUGAAUGAGCUAAAUAAUAUUAUUUGAUAUUUGACGGUAAUGUGUUAAUAAUUUCACACAUAAGUCGCUCCUGAGUAUAAGUCGCAACCCUGGCCAAACUAUGAAAAAAAACUGCGACUUAUAGUCCAAAAAAUACGGUACUUUAGAGCAGGGGUCGGCAACCCAAAAUGUUGAAAGUGGCAUAUUGGACCAAAAAUACAAAAAAAAAAAUUUGUCUGGAGCUGCAAAAAAAAAUGUAAAGCCUUAUACAAAUUUUAUAAUGAAGGCAACACAUGGUGUAAGUGUCUAUAUUGGCUAUAUUAGCCUACUAUCAAAAUGACUGUGUCGCAGGUUGAUGCAAAUCUUCGUUGACAGAAAUAUUGAAAUGUAAUAUUUAUUCUACACAUUUUUACAACAUUGGAAAACACUUCAAAAACUACAAAUAAAAUGACCUCAAAUAUACGUAAAACAUACUUGCCAACCUUGAGACCUCUGAAUUAGGGAGAUUGGUGGGGGGUUUGGUGUAAGUAUAUUGUAGCGUCCCGGGAGAGUUAGUGCUGCAAGGGCUUCUGGGUAUUUGUUUUGUUGUUUUACGGUGCGAUUUGUUCUCCCCCCAAAUUUUUGUCAUUCUUGUUUGUUGUGGGUUCACAGUGUGGCGCAUAUUUGUAAGUGUUAAAGUUAUUUAUACGGCCACCCUCAGCGUGUUAUAGCCACAUAAAUCAUGUAACUGGGCCGACACGCUGAUUUUAUGGAGGAAAACCGGACGUGACGACAGGUUGUAGAGGACGUUAAAGGCAAUGCCUUAUAGGCACGCCCCGAAUUAUGUUGUCCGGGUGAAAAUCGGGAGGAAUUUGGGAGAUAGGUUGCCCCGGGAGAUUUUCGGGAGGGGCACUGAAAUUCGGGAGUCUCCCGAAAAAAUCAUGAGGGUUGGCAAAUUUAACCUAAAAUACGAGGCGCAAUGAUGUAUUAUGUACAUACAGCUAGCAUCGAUUAGCUCACAGUCAUGCAGUGACCAAAUAUGCCUGAUUAGCACUCCACACAAGUCAAUAACGUCAACAAAGCUCAUCUCGGUGGAUUCACGCACAGCAUAAAACGUUUGAUGGACAAAUAGGGACAAAGGAAGAGUGGCAUGAAAAAUGUAUUUCUGUGGCAGCAUCAAGGAACGUUGUACUUGUAAACAAACUACGGUGCGUUCAAGGACUUCCGAAAUUAGGACAAAACAUCGCGUGCCAAAUACUCUCAUUAGUGAAGCAUGUUUAAUAUAAACAGUGGGGUUUCUAAAAAUUAGGAAGGUUUGUGUUAUGUCUGUCCUCCUACAAAAACCAUAUUAAAACAAAAUUUAUUUUUUUCCAUUUUCAUACAUUUUUGAAAAAGCUCCAGGGAGCCACUAGGGCGGCGCUAAAAAGACGUUUGUGGCUCGAAAGCCGCGCGUUGCCGACCCCCGCUUUAAACCAACAAUAUGCUUUAAAAACAAUAAUAAUAAAUAAAACCGCAAUAUUUGAAGCAUGAUGUGGCGAAUAUAUAUACAACUACUCGAAGAAUAUAAGAUGACCACUCUUUUUCCAGAUUUUCUAUGUAAAAAAAAAAAUGCUUACAUUCUUGUCUUAUAUUCAGGUCAAUAUCGUAAUACAGUUUAAUUUUCAUGUUGUUUACAUUUGUUUUGCCCAACCUAUCCUUAACUCAAAGAAGAAUACGAUGCAUUUAAAUGACUCGUCCCUAUCUGAGGCUCUGUGAAAAACUUCCUAACAGCUUCAAAUCCAAGUUUAUUUUAUUUUUUGGGAAGAAAAACCUGUUGGGCAGGUCCCUCCAAGAGUAUAUGCUCAGUAAGCGCCUUUUUUUGUUUUCUUCUCCACAUUAUAUGUUCUGUGAUUCUGAGAUCACCGCAGUUGCAAUUUGAGGAAUCGAAGCACAAUGAAAAUGAAACAAGUGUGUAAAGUUUAACACUUUUUUUGUACAUUUAGAACAUGUGAAUAUAUAUGUUGUGUUUUGUGCUGUUAAUACCAUGAGCAUGAACAUUGGACUUAUUGUGUAAGAAAAGACUCGAGAUUGAACCAAUUGUGGUCAAAGGAAUGAUGUUUUUUUUA